AUGAAGGACGGCGUGCUGCAGCCGCCCGCCGACCUGCAGGGCAUCAUCGACAAGACGGCGCAGUUCGCGCUCUACACCGUCCCCCGCCCCGUCGGCGUCGUCCCCCUCGACCUCGACACGAUCCAGCUCUCGGCGCAGUUUGUCGCGCGCAACGGCCGCCCCUUCCUGACGGGCCUGGCGAACCGCGAGUCGAAGAACCCGCAGUUCGACUUUCUCAAGCCGACGCACUUCCUCUUCCCCUACUUCACCUCCCUCGUCGACGCCUACUCCAAGUGCCUCGCGCCGCCCGAGGGCCUGCGCGAGCGGCUCGCCUCCGACUCGGCCGACCCGGCGGGCGCCCUGACGCGCAUGUUCCGGCACGCGGCCUUCCACCGCGAGAAGGAGCGCGCGAAGCUGAGCCAGGAGAGCGCCGUGGACGCGGAGCGGCGCGCCAACCUCCUCAUCGACUGGCAGGACUUUGUCGUCGUCGAGACGAUUGGGUUCGACGACGACGAAGAGGAGGCGCUGCCGGCGCCGCAGGACCUCAAGGAGGCGGCGGCGGCGGCGAAGCCGGCGGAGGGGCAGCCCGCCGCGGCCAACGAGCAGGGCGACGCCGAGAUGGAGGAGCUGCCUCCUCCGCCUCCGCCCGGCGUGCCGGAGCGGCUGAUCCGGAAGGACUACGUGCCGCAGAUUGGGGUCAAGCCGGCGGGCAGCGUGGGCUACGCGAUCGACCCGAUCACGCGGCAGCAGGUGCGGCUCGACGAGAUGGAGGAGCACAUGCGCAUCUCGCUGCUCGACCCGAAGUGGAAGGAGCAGAAGCAGCUCGAGGAGGAGAGGCGCAAGGACUCGAACGUCGCCGGCGACGAGGACAUCAACCGCGCGCUCAAGCACUUUGCGAAGCGGCGGACCGACAUCUUCGGCGACAAGGAGGUUGCCAUCGGAGAGAUGGUGGGCGCCAACGCGGUGCAGGAGGAGAUGGAGCUCGCCAAGAAGGUCAUCUGGGACGGCCACUCCUCCUCCAUCGCUCGCACCGCCAACAUGGCGCUGCAGACCGGCAUGCGCUCGCAGGAGCCGGCCAUCGACGCAGAAAUCGUCGGAAAUACGCCGCGAGAGAGCUACCUUGGGGCCUUGUUAUCCCCGCUCUUGUUUGAUCGGCUCACGGACGCAUCCUUGGCAGCACAAAUGCUUCGCCUCCUCGCCCUGAUCGCCUGCCUCGCCUGCGCCGCAGCGGGCCCGAUCCCGCAGCCGGACGCCAUCGUCGCCGCCGCCGCCGCCCAGCACACUCCGGAUGCGAGCCAUAUCGUGCAUCCGCUCGCACAGGCUGCGAGUGACGCUCACGCCACCGUCACAGACACGGCCGAGAAAAUGAUGUCGUCGUUCGUGGACACGCGCAGUGAGUCGGAGGAGUGCCCAGGCUUUUUUGCCGCGAUCGGCGACCUGCUCGGCGUCGUCCCAACCUUCCUCACGGCGCACGGCGGCUUCGAAGCGGCCCUCGCAAAGGCGGUCGCCGAGCUCGACAGUUGCACCCUCGAAGCGCUCAACAGCCUGGUGUUCGCUCUGGGCGACUCGCCGCUCGGCUCCCUCUGCCGCUAG